UGGACGGGAUGGAUUUUGCAACAAAUGUAAGACCGCUCCUGCAGGACACCGACGACCGGGAGACGGACAGUGACGCCUUUCUGGACGACGGGUACGCCGGAUCGAUAAACGCCUCCACCAGCAACAUUCCCGUUCCGGCCAAAGAAAAUGCCACCGAAACGCGUAUCAUGGCCGGCGGCCAGCGGAUCGCUCCGUCCGACAAGUUUAACUACACGUACGCCGUGUUCUACCUCAUGGGCAUGACGACGAUGGUGCCGUGGAAUUUUUUCGUCACCGCCGAAGAGUACUGGCAGUACAAGUUCCGGAACGUUUCUUCGAACGACACAUCCGCCCUGACACCGCGUCAGCUCGAGUUCCAGUCGGACUUAAGCAUUGCGGCGGCCGUUCCUGGCACGGUGUUUCUCAUACUGAAUGCCUGCAUUGGCCAUAAGGUGCCGCUGCACGUACGUAUGAACGGAUCACUCGUGUUUAUGCUGCUGAUCAUGAUCGGUACGACGGCACUGGUGCGGGUAGACACGGAUCAAUGGCAGGAUGCGUUCUUUAACCUUACGAUGCUAUCCGUUGUGGUGAUUAACAGUUUUUCAGCCAUCCUCACCGGUGGGCUUUUUGGUAUAGCGGGUCAGUUCAGUGCCCACUACAUGACGGCCGCCGUAAGCGGACAGGCACUCGGGGGAAUAUUCUCAGCGGUUGCCGACAUCAUCGCACUGACCUUCGCUAGCAAUCCGUCCACGACGGCGUUUGUGUUCUUCAUUGUCGGAUGUCUCGUGUUGCUGCUGUCCCUCGUCGCUUACAUCGUGAUGUCGAAGACACUGUUUUUCAAGUACUAUACGAGCUCCAAAACGCUGAUGAAAAGUUCACUGGAGGCAGAUCCGGCCACUCGGGAGAUAUGUGCUAAGCUAGAGCCAAAGUUCCCGAUCGUAAUGCGCAAGAUAUGGAUAUAUGGGUUUUCCGAGUGGUUGGUGUUCGUCACGACGCUAUCGAUCUAUCCCGCUGUUACGGUGUUGGUAGGUUCGCAGAACCAUGGCCGACCGUGGAACGAUGUGUAUUUCCUACCGGUCGUAAACUAUCUGCUCUUCAACACGGGAGACUAUUUGGGACGAAUUUUUGCCGGACUCUUCGAAUGGCCAUGGAACAAUUCCAUCCUAAUCGGUGUGCUCAGCAUCGGUCGUAUUGCAUUCGUGCCGGCGAUGCUUCUCUGCAACAUAACUCAACAUCACAACUUUCCAGUCCUCUUCCAUUCGGACUACAUAUUCAUCGUGCUGAUGGCUGCAUUCGCACUGUCGAACGGAUAUCUUGCCAACAUUGCACUGAUCGGUGCACCGCGUGUAGUCGAUGGGCACGAGAAGGAGAUGGCUUCAUCGAUGAUGGCCGCCUUUCUGGGCGUUGGGUUGGCGUGUGGUUCUGCCAUUAGUUUAAUGAUCAUCGAAAUGAUCAAGUGAUACAGAUUUUCCUUAGACCAAAUGCAGUAAUGCUGUUAGAAAAAGGGAGAGAGAGA